AUGGCAAACAACAACACUGCUUCAAAUAAUUUUACUACGGAAGACUAUUCAACACCAAGUGCACUAAUAGGGAUAGCUUCCAAAGAUUCCACUUCGACCUCGGAUAAAUCUGUGAUACUGCCGAACAACGACCUAGAACUGAAAACUUAUACUAGUUUUGCUAGUCCAUCUGCACCUGAUAUUGAUGAUCUCCCACCAAACUAUUUUGAUAUAUCAAUUGUGCCUAAUGGAGCUAUUUUAUACCACAAUGAUGUUACUCCAUACACAGAAGCAUCGAAAGCAGAAAUAAAACGUAAUGGAAAAGGUGUUAUUUCAUUCGAUCAACUUGUUGACAAGAAUCCCGAUCAAUUAUGA